AUUUUUUCGUGACGCAAAGCAAUCACGCGUUCUAAUUGGCUGACUUUGCUUACGGCCCCUCCCCGCGCGGAGAUUUGAAAAAGGCUUUGUGAAGGAAGGGAGGAAGAGUUGAGUGUCCGAGGAAGAAAGACAUAACCAGACAUGGCUCCCAGGAAAAGGACCACCAGACAACGGAAAAACAACCCCAAGACGGCCAAGCUGGAAGCUUUUCUGGAGGAUUUCGACAGCGAGGUGAAGACCAGAGUUGGACAACUGAAAGAGAAGAUCAACCAGCUGCUGAAAGAUGUUGACAACAGCUACAACAUGGCACUAAUUAAGCUCCCCAAGGCUGUCAGGCAAACGGCCUGGUUGGAACAUUGCAAGUCUGAGAAACCAAAGUCACCAGAAGUGGAUAAUAUAAAGAGAGAAGAGGAAGCUGCUAUUGUUGAUAGCAUUGUGGCUGAGGACCACGCAGUCCUUCUGAAAUCAGUCAAGAAAACGUCAAAGAAAAAAGGUGGAGCCAAAUCCAGUUCAGAGGAUGAAAACACCCCGAGCACAACAAGGAAGGGGAAAGCAACAAGGAAACCUCCAACUACAUCAAAAAGGGCAAAGGCGCUGGCAGUCAGCAAGCAGAACACCUCCAUCAGACGAUCGACCAGGAAGCCAUUGGUCACUCCUGCCAGGAGUAUGCUGGAUUCUUCUUUGAUGAUGGGCCCCACUCCCCUCGUCACCCCACGCUUCGACCCAAGGCUUCCUAAGACCCCCGCUGUGAGAGUUCCCCGCCACAAAGAGAGGGUCUAUAGCAUUUCAGUUAACGGCUCUCCUAUUGCAGCAGGGAAUGAGGACAUUGUCAUCAACGUACCCAUUGGUAAUGGAGAGAGCGUUCAGCUAUUGGCCAGUCAGAUGGACUCAGUGGAUCUGUCACUACUGGAUGAAUCCGCUCUGAAGAGCAUUCGGCUGCUGCAGAAUCGCCUCACCACCCUGUGUGGAACAUCAGGGUGACCUAACAGUCUGCUGUUGACUUGUACAUUACUUUUAAGAAAUUUGAUCUUAAUUUCAAAGCUUUGUGUCCUUUCCCAUGUCAUGGUAUGUUUUUUUUUUUUAACUAAUAAGUGACAUUUAUAAAAUAUACAAAAGACAUACACAUGUUCUUAAGCAAACCAUAUUUUGUCAGUAUUUUGUUUUACUGCACACAGUUUCUUUAAACCCAACACAUUAACUAGAUUUUAUCCAGUUAAUGAAAGAUGUCAAAUGUAUAAAUGUAGGUUAAAAUGUAUUAUUUUACCAUUUACUUUUCUAAAAUAGUUUAGUUAACGACCAUACUUUCUUCACCUGUCAUUUUUAUAUGGGUAUUUUGUGGUGCUUUUGUAGCAUUAGGCUUAAUCCUGGGUGGUCUUCUGCCUAAUGUCUGCCUCAUUUUAGUGCUGUUCCAGUCUUUUAUUCCUGUUGGGCAGUCAGUCAGUCCAAGUCUGGAUUUUAGUUGUCCUACAAGUCUUGUAAGACUCAAAUUGACAGGCCUGUACUCUGCAAAUAUGAUUUACUGUUCAUUCUUUGAUUGUUUUGUAAGUGCACUGUAAUCCUACGUUUUUUGUGUUUCAUUUUGUCAUUGCUAAAUCAACAAUCCUCUCAUGUUUCUAUAAAUCAGCUUGCAGUUGCAUUAUUAGUGCAAAAACAUACUUCGUGUACAUAGAUCACUCUUUGUCUGCAAAACUGAUAAAGGAUUUUGACCCCA